AUGCUCAACUGGAUCGUCAACGUUGCCGCCGUCGCGACUGGUGUGGCAAUGGCUCAUUACUCGCCCCUCCAACCAGCAAAGGAACUACCAUACAUGUGUCAGUUACGCUCGACAGCAACGGAUGUCAUGGGGUGCCCAGGAUACCUCGUCGGCAGCACCACGGCAAUCUUUUCUGCCGCUUGUGUCAAGUUUUUCUUCACGGCAGACAAAGUCGUAGUGGGGGCGACUCAAAUCAACGGUGGGCUGGACCAAGGGGAAUGGGUUCGUGUGGCUAAGAAGCACUUCCAUCCAAACUGGAACGAACAGACCCGUGAAUACGAUAUCGCAGUGGUGGAAUUCGCUCGACCAAUAAUGCAACAACCAGUGGGUAUUCUAUGGGACGACAUCGCCCCUGGCAACUUGGUGUGGAUGCGUGGCUGGAUGCCAUUUAACCCAGCUUCCAAGGGUCUGUACGAAACCACCGUCCAAAUCUUACCAAACGACCAGUGCCAGAACCAUGCGGCCCGCGCUGUGUACGCCACGCAUGUCUGCGCCGAGAACCAAAUCAUUCAAGGUUGCCAGAAUUUCAUCGAUGGACCGCUGACGAUUGAAAUCGACGGGGACGAAUACGUUGUUGGCGUUUUGAGUUUGUACAUGUGCAACACGACACCCCAGUUCCAGAUCUACAGUCGCAUAUCAGCCCAUCGCGACUUUAUCGAGCCCUUUCUGUGUCCUGGAUCCCUAUGGUAA